GGCCCAGACACCCAAUGAGGAGAGAAGGUGGGAGGUGGGCGGAGCAUAAGCAGGGAAUAAAAGGGGCUGCCCCCCCUCCAAGUCCAGUGGGCACCCAGAGACUCUGAGAAGGUACUGCAGACUCUUUACAGUGGCCAAGAUGAAUCUUUGCACCUCGCUUCUGCUGUUGUGCCUGGCCAGGGUCAGUCUGCAGGGAGGAGCAUUUAAACCACAAUCAAAUGGCCGGGCAGGACCUUACUUCCCAUCCCUGAUGAGGGGAGGAGGAGUUGGACUGGGACUGGGACCAGCGGGAGCCAAGGCUGGGAAGUAUCCAGGCUAUGGGGCCCAAGGAUUGCCAGCAGGGCUGGGUGCUCAGAAUGGAUUUGGGGCUGCUGGACCAGGCUUUGGGAACAAACCAGGAAAGCCAGGAUACAGAGUCCCAAAUGGAUAUGGAGCAGGUUAUAGAGGACUUGGUUACCCUCGUGUUGGCCUCCCCUUGGGAAGCCUUGGAGCCAGAGGCAAGCCUUCCAAAUCAGCAGGUUAUGGGGCAGGGCCCAGUGCUGGUGGCUACCCAACAGGAGCACAGCAAGCCUAUAUUGGUGGAAAUGGAGCCGGCGGCUACCCAAGCAAUGGAAUCCAUAAUGGAUAUGGGAAUGGCUAUGGAGCUGGAGGAAAUGGAUAUCCUGGUGUUGGAUAUGGGAAUGGGAAUGGUGCCCGGACUCCCUAUGGCAGUCAAUUAGGAGGUCCUGCUGGAGAUCCUGCUGCUGCUAAAUACGGAGGGACAGGGCAACUCCCAUACAGUGGGCAGCCAGAGGCUGCUGGCCUGGGAGGAGACUAUGGUGCUGGAAGAUAUGGAGCUCCUCAGAGCCCCUAUGGAGCACAACCUGGUAGCUCUGAUGGUAUUGGUGCAGACCCAGCUGCAGCCAAAUAUGGCAAUGGGAACGGAAUAGGAUAUAUGAAUGGAGGAGACCCCCAAGCUAAUGGGCUGGGGGCAGCAGGAGCAUAUGGUCCCUUUUCAGCAGGACAAACUCCAGGAGGGUAUGGCAGUCCACUGGGCCCUGGACAAGCACUGGGAGGAUACGGAGGAAAAGAAUCUAAGUAUGGAAUGAAUGGAUUUCUGGGAAAUGGGUACAGAGGUCGCUGCUCUUCUGGAAAAUGCUGAGGAAUGAUGUUACUGUGUGGAACUUUCUGUGCAGCAGGAUUCAGGCAUCCCGGCAACUUUUGGUGCUAAGUGUGAUGACUAAUGACAACCAAGUUUUCCAGUAUAAAUGAUCCUAUAUUUCUUUUUCCUGUUUUUAUUAUUAGAAACCUUUCAUUGUAAGAGAGAAGAUUUUACCAUGUUGGCUUCUAAAGCAUUAUUGAACACAUUUUCUGAGGGCUAUUAGCAUGUCAAUGAUCAGUGUUACAGACACAUGAAAUUGGAAACCCCUUUCCUUCCAAAGAGAUUUGAUUUAUCAAUUCCACUUCUUUGGAGGUAGCCUAGAGUUGAUUCCCAUCUUAGUGUGUAUCUGGGUGCCCAGGCACAUGUGUCUUUUCAAUUAAAAAUAAGUAAAUCCACAAUUCUGUUGUCUUUAUCAUCUUUGGUGAAAGAAUCGUAACAUACCAAACCAACCCUUGCCUUUCUUUAAACAUUCAUGUUUAUCAGAAAACCUCCAAAAAUGUUUUUCCCCCAAUCGAUGUAGGUUUUCUACAUUCUAAACACUACCCAGCCCUAAGUCAAAUUGAAAUAUUUGUACUUGUUUGUGCAAAGGAUGUGAAGAGUUAGAAAUAUAAAGCAAGGUUUGGAUCGCUGGGGUCACGUAUAGAAAUUUGAACAUGGGGAAAAAGCAGGGGAAGGAUACGGUACAUGGGAAACCCAGAAGUAUGCUAGCUAUACAAUCCAACCACAGCGAUAAACCAGCCUUCUUCGAUAACCAGCCUUCUUCACUAGAUGGAGCUGCUGCAAUUCCAGAUGGGCCUAUAAUUUUUUCCUAACCAACAGAAACGUCUGUGAUCAAGUUUGGCACUUGGGGGUUUCUUUCAGUCUCAGUUUCUCGGCCACACAAUUCUUAGAAACAGAACCGUAUUUGAAAAAGUGGUGUUGCCAUGGGGUUGAUGUUCCUUGUCAAAUUUAACAGCAGUGGUCCAGCAGUGGUCUGACAUGUCUACUUUUAUAUGCUAGUGUAAUAAUGGUGACAUAUUAAUUACAUCAAAAUAAAUAAUGAG